CAACUUAAGGGAUUUAAACGAAAUAAGUAAAUCCUCGGAACGCCUCGAUUCAGUGAAAAUUAAACAAAAUAAAUUCCAUAUAUACGUGUAAUUGUGUCGGUAAAAAGCGCUAAAUCCCAAUCUUAUCUCCGUGUCGCUGUAUCUUUAUUUAACACCGCUGUAUCCUGCUGGUCUUACCAGACCCUCACGUGCCUUGUUGGGCAUACUCCGAAGACCUAUCACUCACCUUGGGUGAUCUCGCCUGGCUACGAAAUGAUUCGUGUUGCCGUCAUAGUUGCAGUGUUCCUUUAAGUACAUUCAUUCUACAUCGAAGCUAUUCGUGUUGUGAAAAAAAAAGUGUCAGUAAUUUAACUAUAAAGUCCAUCGCAUAAUUUCAAUUUAAUUUGAAGUAUUAAGAGUUUAAAAGUAUUAGACUUAGUAACAAUUAAUUAAUCAUUCAUUGUAUUAUUUUUUUAUCGUUCAGUUCCGAGAAUAGUGCAACAUUCCAUUCUAAUCUCAACUCCGUACCUCACGCGUUAUCUUUGUUUUGACUAACUUGCUAUGCCUAAGGACGAGCCUAUUACCAUGUCUAAAGAAACAAAAGUAAUCGACAUGAACUUUCUAAGUAAAUUCAUUAAUAAAUUUGAUGGAAACCGUGAAAAACUUAAUGCGUUUUUAAAUAAUUGCAGAAAUGCAAUAAGCCUUGCGUCACCGUCUCAACAAGACAUAAUAUUAAAAUAUAUUUUAAGCCAACUCGAAGGCCGUGCCGAAAGUGCGUGCUCCAUUAAAGAAUUCGAGAACUGGCAACAGUUAGAGGAGUUUCUCAAAAACCAAUUUGGCGAGAAAAAGCAUUACGCUGCACUACUCUCGGACCUCCAAGAUUGUUGUCAAACUAAUAGUGAAACAGUCAACCAGUUCGCACUACGGGUAGAAACAUGCCUAUCGAAACUAUUAACCGAAAUCAACAUCUCAAUACCCACGAAAAAGAAAGGUGAACUGACUGGCCGUGUCGCCGCAAUGCAAGAUUUAGCAUUGCAUACAUUUGUAAGUGGCUUAAAUCCUCGACUGUCAACGGUAGUCAGAUGCCGUGACCCUGAAACCUUAAAUGAAGCCAUUGGCUUCGCUGUAUCCGAAGAAAAGAUAUUGCAGACCUCUUCUAAGCGUAAUCCUUCGGCAAAUAAUACCAGUUCGCCUAAUCAAAGACGCUGGCCUCAACGCCAAUCACAACCAAGUCGAAACCCUAUACAACGAGGCUACUCAAACAAUACCAACAGUCAAGGGCCGUCUACUUCAGGUCUUCCAGUGUGCCGUUAUUGUAAAAACGUGGGUCACACUAUCGAGAAUUGUAGGAAACGGGAGUUUAAUAAUAACCGCUUUAGAGACCAAAAUAAUCAAAGACGCUAUCAAAACAAUCAAGCUCAAAUCCACGCGGUAAAUAUUAACGAAAGUAGUGACACGGAAGGUCAGGGUGAAUCAAACGAUGAUUUAAACGCAUAAAGGGCUCACGGUGGUGUCUCUUAAGACCCAAGCAUCGAAUUCCAAAACAUUACUAUAUCAAAGGCACCAAUACUACAUCCACUGUAUCCUCUGUAUCCCCUAACGAUAGGGACACGCGAAUCAACCGCAAUACUACAUCCACUGUAUACGCUGUAUCCCCUAACGAUAGGGACACGCGAAUAAACCGCAAUACUACAUCCACUGUAUCCUCUGUAUCCCCUAAGGAUAGGGACACGCGAAUUAAUCGCAAUACUAUAUCCACUGUAUCCUCUGUAUCCCCUAAUAGUAGGGACUUGCGAAUUAAACGAAAUACUAUAUCCGCUGUAUCCUCUGUAUCCCCUUAUGAUAGGGACUCGCGAAAUGAACGUAACACUAUAUCCACUGUAUCCUCUGCAUCCACUGUAUUCUCUGCAUCCACUGCACCCACCGUAUCCUCUAUAUCCGCUGUAUCCUUCACAUCCACUGUACACUCUGCAUCCUCUGUUCCCGCUGUAUCCUCUGUAUCCACCGGCCUCACCAAACGUAAAAUCAAUAAUUCCAUAUGUGCUAAAGCUACCUUAGACUCAACUGUUCCUCGUCCCAUUCCUGAAACCAGAAUUUAUGAAAUUAACAUUGGUCCAUUCAAGAAACGUUUACCCCAUAUACUUGUGUAUUCCUCAGUAUCGGACACUAGCUUAUCUCUCCUUGUAGACUCUGGUGCAACAGUUAGCCUACUGAAACGAUCUUCUAUACAAAAACCAGUUGACAUCGCAACAGAAGGAAUAUUUCUGAAAGGUAUUGACCCUAUUGACCAAGCUUCACCUAAAAUGGACUAUUUUCCACUUAAGAUAAAAAUAAAUGAUAAAAAUAGUAUCACACAUAGAUUCCAUAUAAUACCUCAAAUAAACUUACCUUAUGAUGGUAUUAGUUGGCACUGAUAUGCUAAUCGCUUUUGGCUGCACAAUCGAUUACUCUCGUGAAACUUUGAAAAUAGGUGGAAAUGAAAUAAAAUUACAUUUCAAUGAACCUACUUAUGUUAUUCCUCCCAGAUCUGAAACCGUCAUAGAAUGCUCUGUCUCCAACCCUGAAGUAAAAGGACUCGUAGUAGACCAAUAUUAUCAUGAAGAUUUACUAAUCGCUAAUUGCUUAGUCGCAGACAAAGAAAACAAAAGAAUUAACUUAUCAGUAAUCAAUGCCUCUGAAACUCCUAUAACCCUACAGUCAAACCUAGAUAUCACACUAAUUCCCUUAAGUUCUUUAACCAAACCUUUUGAUCCAGUAAACACUUACAUAGUUUGCAAUUUAAAAAACACAAGCUCUUACCUCCGAACACAAGAAGUAUUAAACCUACUUAGAGUCUCCCACCUCAAUCCUGAAGAGACAAACGCUCUUCACGAUGUUUGCUCUGAAUACUCGGACAUAUUCUUUAUUCCUGGCGACAAACUAUCCCACACAAAUGCCCUUAAGCAUAACAUAAAAACUAGCGAUUAAAAUCCCAUAAAUGUAAAAUCUUAUCGGUUCCCAGUAC